AUGAGAGAGUUCGGCUUGUUUCUUCUGUGCCUCCUUCGCAUCUCCAGGAGGGGUGUGCAGUCCAACAGCUGGUCCGUUCAUGUCCCAUCUGAUGUUACUGGUGAACUUGGGAAGAUGGUUAUCCUGCCCUGUACUUUCACACAUCCCUACAAAACAUUUGACCGGACCCUCACUGCCAUUUGGAGGAUCAAGGAACCUUACAACGGCACGAUAGUUUUCAAGUGCAUUAGCCAGAGCGCCAGCGAGCUCUGUAAGACUGCCAUCAGCUACAAAAACAAAUACAAACUGCUUGGCAACCCCCGGCACAAGGACCUUUCCAUCAGGAUUGACAAUCUGACCUGGAGUGACAGUGAGAGAUACUUCUGCCGGGUAGAGUUGUCCGGAGAUAUCCACGACAAGUAUGAAAGCAGGAAUGGGAUAAAGCUGCAUUUGAUUGCUGCCCCCAGGAUCAUUAACAUCACCGUCAGCUCCAACGGGGAUCGCACCUUCCAGGCACGCUGCACUGCCGAGGGGGAGCCAGCGCCCACGCUGACCUGGACCGGACCGCCCUACAGCAACCUCACCUCCAUCACCAGCAUGAACCAUCGCGUUACCAAGGAGCUCCAGUACCUGACCCACGAUGGAAAAUACACCUGUACUGCUGUCAACAGCCAUGGGAGAGCAGAGGGGGCUGUGUACUUCUACAAAUUCAAAGCAUCCAACAGCUCCUUCUUCCUGAUCCUGAUCUUCGUGCCGCUGGGAAUUAAAGUGCUCAUUUUGCUGGUGAUACUGAGCUUCACCGUUUUCUCAAGAGGAGGUCCCUCCUCUGCUCCAUCCAGCCUGGCCCGGCCACAGCUGCAAGACUCCACCUACGAGAACUUUGACCGCAGACACGGCGGCGGCCAGACUUUGCCGACAGAAAGAACAGCAUCAAGACGCAGCUGA